AUGUUCAUUUCCGCCGAACUUCGACGGUCGGCACGCGCUGCGUAUCGUGCUCUAUACAGAGCAUCUUCAUUUACUUUUGCUGGAGAUGAACCGGUUCUAAAAGCAUUUCGGUCAAAGAUGAGAGAGGAUGCCCUGGCUGCUAAAGCCGAAACCGACCCAAUCGCCUACCAACAGCACACCAAACACGCGCGAGAUAUUGCGACAUUUCUGAGAAGGAAUAUCGUACGAGCUACCAAAGUGGAAGCCGCGGAUACGGACAAUAGCCAAGCCACCUGGACCUUGCAUUUGCAUGACCAGACUGAACUCGGUGACAAUGAAUCCAUAAAAAACUCCCCUAAGAUGGAGUCAAGUCGUACUUCGAGAAGACGCGAAAGAGAUGCUUCAACUUCAGAACUUGCUGCUCAGCCAGUCUCUGAUUCUUCGGCGCGUCCGAUAUAUUUCUCGGCGCUCAAAAAGGCUCACAGAAAUAGGACAGUGCCAGAGCUAGACGAAGCUGAUGUAGAGGAGGUCUUUGUUCGAGGUAGUGGCCCGGGUGGGCAAUCAGUGAACAAGACGGAAAACAACGUUCAACUUUUACAUAAACCGACAGGCAUAAGAGUUAGUUGUCAAGAAUCACGGUCUCUCAGCCUCAAUAGACAGCUUGCGCGCCGACUCCUUCUCGAAAAGUUGGACCAACUGUGGAACCCCAGCUUGUCAAAAGAAGGAUUUAAACGAGCGAGACAGCGUGAAAGAGAAAGGCGGAGAAGAAAGAAGGCAAAAAAGAAGGCUAUGACAAACAGGAAGAUACAAAGACAGUAG